AUGCAUUUUGGCACGUUAGGUGCAUUAUUGUGGUGUUUUAAGAUUGAAAUCUUCUGUGGAAGGAUUAAAUUGUCAACGGCCUCAAUUAGAGGGUCCGAGUAUACGGUACGAGUAUACGAUCUAAGCUACGAGCUGCAGAGAGAGGUCGUCUCACGAGGUAGAAGACCAAGCGGUAGAGGCCCACGACGCGGAGGACGCGGACGCCAGAGUUAUAAUAAUCAACGAAUUGAAGAUCACAGAGCCACACAAUCGUUAAUCACAUUAAAUGACUUAUCUGAAGAUCUGAAGAAGAAACUCUUUCCAGGCGUAAAAGAUGGGCAUUCAGCAAUGGAACGGCUUGAGGCCGUCCAAACAUUUAAAGCCAUUACCUUAUGCAUAACGACUCGAGGUCUAGGAUUUGGGAUAAUGAGUAUAUUCCGAGCCUUAAGAGAGUUCCACAACACCCCAGAAGUAGGUGACGUUUAUCAAUUUUACAGAGUCAGUUUAGCUGUAACUCAAACGAAAGUCGCGUUAGCUCAGCGCGGAAUAGUCGCCAUUAUGGAUAAUGAGAGAGACUAUCGUGAAAUAAAUAUUGAAGAGAAUAUUCUUUCGGUUGUUAAAGGAAUGAUCGUGGUACCCGAUCAGAUUUCAACCAUUGUUAAUUCAAUCGGGAAAGUCAAAGUCGGAGAUAGACUAUACGUCCCAAAAAUAGGCAAAGAUAAUUUUACAAGAGAAAACCUGUUUAUACCACAAGCCGAACAAGUGGUAUUUGAUAACUUGCGCCAAGUUGUCACUAGUCUAGCCAAUGUGAACACACCAGCCGCGUAUCGAAGACGAUUUUAUAGAUGCAAUCCAAUACCAGUUAGAUACAGUACCAUCGAAAAAACUGUCCUUGAAUUCGAUCAAAUUGUGCAAGAAAUUGUUAUUUUGAAACAGGAAAUGAAUCCUGAGGCCGAAGUGGAUUAUUUUACUAUUUCAGAUGCGUUUCAUGAAAUUCAGUCCAAUAUUGAAUAUUUAGCGGCAAUAUUAUUGAAAAAACCUGUAGGUCAUUCACAAUUUCAAAAUAAUAGUAGUGGCGAUACACAUAUAAAAAUGCCUAAAAUUGAACUCGUUAAAUUUGAUGGAGAAGAUUUAUCCUUAUGGCCUAUUUUUUAUGAAAAUUUUAAGCAAUUCGUGCAUAGUAAAACAGAAUUUUCAAAAGCUGAUAAAUUACAAUAUUUAUUGGGCUCCCUGUCAGGAAAGGCAUUAAAAACUUGUAGUUCAAUAGAAUCGGUCCCAGAUAAUUAUGAUAUUAUUUGGAAAUUGUUAAAUGAUAGAUAUAACGAUAAAAAAUAUUUGUUUAAUUUGUAUAUGGAUAGACUUUUGAAUUUCCGUUGUUCAUCAACAACUAUUGCAUCAAAUUUAGAAUUUUUCUUAGAAAAGUUUGAUACCAAUAUUUCUGCAAUUAAACGAUUAAAACUUGACAAUUUAGAAGAUCACAUUUUAACUUAUUUAGCUAUGUCAAAAUUGCCUCAAGAGAUCAUUAAUGAUUUUGAUUUGAUUAGAGAUAACGAUGAGUUGCCUUCUUAUGAGGAUCUUUUAAAGUUUUUACGCCAUCGAUAUAAAUCGUUUAACAAAAAUGAAAAGGUUAGAUAUGUCAAAACAAAUAAUUUUAGUGUAUCCAAACCUGCAAAGUCAUUUCAUUUUCAUGAGAAGAAUGACAAUCAUGUUUCCUCUUCUUGUGUUGUGUGCAAUAAAGGACAGCACUUAAUUAAAGAUUGUAAAUAUUUUUUAACUCUAUCAUUUGAAUCUCGUUUUAAAUUGAUAAAAGAGAAACAAUUAUGUCUUAACUGUUUUUCAUCCAAACAUCGAGUCUUGAAUUGUCCAUCCAAAUUUUGUUGUUUAAAAUGUAAAUCUAAACAUCAUACUUUGUUGCAUAAGUCCAAUUACGAAGCACCGGAUAAUGUCAGCGCUCAGAGUGCUAGCCAAAUAGUUGUCCCUAGUUCUAGCCAAAGAUCGUCCUCGAGUUCGUUAGAAAAUACGCAACCGAUUCUGCAUGUAUUUUAUCCAAAUAGUAAGAGUCUAAACCCCUCGAAAGUAUUUUCUGUUAGUCUCUUUGGAACAAUAGUUGUUAAUGUUGUAGAUAAUUGGGGCCACGCACAAAAAAUUAGAUUUUUAUUAGAUAGUGGUUCUUCUGCAAAUUUAAUAACCCGUGAAUGUGUCAGAAAAUUAGGUUUGUCAUAUUCCAAAUUGAAGUUGAACGUCUCAGGAGUAGGCGGUUCCGAAACCCCUAUUCUAGGAAAAGCCCAUUUAGUCAUAUUUCCACAUUUUGAAUCAAAAAUAAGUUAUCCCAUAGAAGUUUUGCUAGUAGAAAUGAAUAAACGAUAUACUAUUAAAAUAUUUCUUAUCUGUAUUUUCCUUUUCGUAUUCGUCUGGACGUGGUCAUACAAUGGGACAAGCUGUAUACUAGAAAAGCAGAAAUUCCAGAGGUCUGGUGAGGAUAUAACGGCGAUGAUGAACUCCAAUUCAAAUAGUGUGACUGGCCAAAAAAUUCUAACAAUGACGUAUUCUGGUGAACCUGUGAAGACGACGUGA